AUGAAUAUUGUAAUGUUGCCACAGAGAAGUGGAAAGAACAUAAUAUGCAGCAAUGUGUCGGAACUCAAGUUGUUGAACGAGACACUGCACAAGGAGAAUAUCGCUAAGGAAAGAGAGAUAAGGCAACUGAAUAAGGAUGCUCAAGCGUACGAGCAGACCAUCAUGAACCUUAGGAAGGAGAUGUCAAACUGCAAGUAUCACACGCCGUGUUACAAAUGUUUCGCUGUGUUUCCUGUUCGUAGAGAGGUGUCGAAGAAGGAUGCUGAGGUGAUGGCUGGCAUGUGUUGCACGGGGUCUGAGUGUGGCGAGUGGGAACCGGUGAAAGACUUCAGUGAGCUGCUGCGGCACGAGACCCUCAAGUACCAGGAGCGCAUACAGAAGAUGGAGUCGAACCUCAAGACGAGCAGCGAAAACAUCCGCGAGUUGCGCAGGGUGAACGUUUCGCUGUCGGAGGAGAUGCAGGCCAUGCGGCGGCUGUGCGCGGCGCUGGACGAGCAGUGCCGGGACGCCAACAUGCGCGCGCUCUUCAAGGACGACAUCAUCAAGGAGAUGCGGCGACAGCUCAAGCUGGCCAAGGCCAAGAUAAAGGACAACUCGGAAGUGACGAGCCUGAAGUCCAAAGACUACGUGAGCGGCGACGGUGAAUGUCCGCACGGGUCGUCGGAGUCGCACGAGUCGGCCCCGCCGGCGUGCGCGCGCGCCCAGCCACGCCGGCGGCGGGACGUGCCGCCACGCCCGCACGACUGCCGCGCCACCCCCAGCCACGCCAGCGGCAACGACGAAUCUCCCAAUAUCGCAUAA